UAUCCGAUCAAAACCUGCGUCCACGCACGCUAACGGAGACAUCCGUCGUUGAGUUGGCUACUUGGCCGGCGGCUCUAUAAAAGCAAGAACCUCAGAACCCUCGACAACCUAAGUUAGUACCACUGCUCCGUUUGUGUUUCUUACUUUCUUUUGUCACAACUCAGAAGCCAACUCCACGCGGCGCAUACGACACUAGCUUGUAGUAGCAGAUGAAGAAGCAGGCGAGCGGCGGGUGCCUGUGCCUGGGCGCGCCGAUCCGGGCGCUGUCGCGGGCGUGCGACUCGGCCUGCGACCUCUACGUGCGCGGCAUGUCCGGGUGCGCGCGCCACGUGCCCACGGGUGCCGUCGCUGCGGGCGGCCGCGGGGGCUCCGGCUCCGGCUUCGGCAGGUCGGCCACGGCCGUGCACCGGUGGACGAGCGCCUCCUCGGAGUCGGACCUCGCCAGCGCCACGUCGCCGAAGCAGCGCCGCGCCGGCGCCGCGGGGACGGAGAAGGCGGACGCCGUCGGGGCAGCAGCGAAGAAGGGGACACUUAGCCAGGUGGUGCCGGUGUCCGCCGUGCCGGCGCGGAGGAUUAAGGGCCCGGCGUUGGGGACUAUCGCGGAGGACGGGCCGUGCGAGUUCGGCGGCGCCUGCGCGCUGAAGCCGCGGGAACCGAGGAGACGCGCUGAGGCCACCGGUGAGUUUGGCGCCGUCAAGACCGGGAGCGAGGCCUUCGCGCGCCGAAUGUGACGCGUCCAUCCAAUACGCAGCAGCAGGCCAGCAGUGCGUGCUUCUAGAUGUCGAUAGAUCUUUCAACUUUUUUUGUGCGUGUGUAAAUUAACUACCAUAUGUAUACUUUUCGAUCGGUAGUUUUUCCUAGAUGCUGCGUCGUAUGAAAAGAAAAAUGCUAGACGAUCACAAAUGAGUAAAUGAGACUCAUCUGCUUGUUUUGCGGGGAAUUGUCAAGUAUCAGUCGAGUUGUUUUCCAAAUUGAUCUCUUGAUUAUUUUUUCAUCAACCGGUGA